GCGGGGCCUCCGCCCAGCCUCGCCGCACACACAGAUAAGCGAGCUGAGAAUGAAGCGGAGAGCAUCAGAUAGAGGAGCUGGGGAAACGUCGGCCAGGGCGAAGGCUCUAGGAAGUGGGAUUUCUGGAAAUAAUGCGAAGAGAGCUGGACCGUUCAUCCUUGGGCCCCGUCUGGGCAACUCACCAGUGCCGAGCAUCGUGCAGUGUCUAGCGAGGAAAGAUGGCACAGAUGACUUCUAUCAGCUGAAGAUCCUUACUCUCGAGGAGAGGGGGGACCAGGGCAUGGAGAGCCAAGAGGAGCGGCAAGGCAAGAUGCUGCUACACACCGAGUACUCGCUCCUGUCCCUCCUCCACACGCAGGACGGCGUGGUGCACCACCACGGUCUCUUCCAGGACCGCACCUGUGAAAUCGUGGAGGACACAGAAUCCAGCCGAAUGGUUAAGAAGAUGAAGAAGCGCAUCUGCCUCGUCCUGGACUGCCUCUGCGCACACGACUUCAGUGACAAGACCGCUGACCUGAUCAACCUGCAGCACUACGUCAUCAAGGAAAAGAGGCUCAGUGAGCGGGAGACCGUGGUUAUCUUCUACGACGUGGUCCGCGUGGUGGAGGCCCUGCACCAGAAAAACAUUGUGCACAGAGACCUGAAGCUUGGGAACAUGGUGCUGAAUAAAAGGACACAUCGGAUAACCAUCACCAACUUCUGCCUUGGGAAGCAUCUUGUGAGCGAGGGAGACCUGCUAAAGGACCAGAGGGGGAGCCCCGCCUACAUCAGCCCUGAUGUGCUCAGCGGCCGGCCGUACAGGGGCAAGCCGAGUGACAUGUGGGCCCUGGGUGUGGUGCUCUUCACCAUGCUGUAUGGCCAGUUCCCCUUCUACGACAGCAUCCCACAGGAGCUCUUCCGCAAGAUCAAGGCUGCCGAGUACACCAUCCCGGAGGAUGGGCGGGUUUCUGAGAACACCGUGUGUCUCAUCCGGAAGCUGCUGGUCCUCGAUCCCCAGCAGCGCCUGGCUGCAGCCGAUGUCCUGGAGGCCCUCAGUGCCAUCAUCGCAUCAUGGCAGUCCCUGUCAUCUCUGAGUGGACCUUUGCAAGUGGUUCCUGACAUUGACGACCAAAUGAGCAGUGCAGACAGCUCCCAGGAGGCAAAGGUGACAGAGGAGUGCUCGCAGUACGAGUUUGAGAACUACAUGCGGCAGCAGCUGCUGCUGGCCGAGGAGAAGAGCUCCAUCCACGAGGCCCGCAGCUGGGUGCCCAAGCGGCAGUUCGGCAGCGUGCCACCCGUGCGGCGGCUGGGCCACGAUGCGCAGCCCAUGACCUCCUUGGACACGGCCAUCCUGGCACAGCGCUACCUGCGGAAAUAGCGGCCUCGGUCAAGGGCAACCAGCACCACCACCACCUCUUCCGGCCCCCAGCCAAAGGCCCGGCUGUCAGGGCUGAGCCUGUAGUGCUGGACUCUCCCAGGCUGUGACGGGGACAGGACAGGGAUGGGGACAGCCCAGGUCACACAUAGGUUCAGCAGAGGUACCAUGAAGCUACCUUUCAGGAUGAUUGCUUGAUCAUUUGGUUUUUUAAUCUGAGAGGCCUAGAUGACUAAUCUGCUUUUAAUCAUGACCUUUUAAUCUACCUCUGUCUCUUUAGCCGUGCUGUCUCUGGACUGAGUGAGGAGGAGGGAGCCCGGCCACCCGCCCGCAGGCCUCACCCAGGCCGCUGCUCCCCACAGUCCACAUAAGCUGAAAGCGCAGCUCGCUGCUGGCCCCCAAGUGCACGCCCUGUCCUCCCUGCUCUCCCAGGCUCCUGCAGCCAAUCUGUGUCCGUCCCUCACCUUCUGACCCCAGGACCCUCAGUCCAAGCUUUGGAAAACCUUCACCUCAUCUUAAGCCGAAUUCAAAUGUAUUUAUUUUUUUACUGACACCAACCUCUCCCCCAUCUCUGGGUGGCUCGGCCCAUGGCCACUCCCAGCCUGGCUGGCCUGCAGGGUGUCCACGGCCCCCACAUGGGCUCCCUCCACCCUCCCCACUCUCAGCCCACCAGUCCCUCUCGCUUCCUGUGAUGGGGAGGCCUUUCUGGACUGGGCUCUUUCUCUCCGUUCUCAGUAGUUUCCCUGAGGUGCUGUACACGUGCAUUCAGCCUGGUUUCUUUCUUCAUCCCUUGCCAUGGUGCCGAGGUAGUGUGGAUACAGUGUGAAUGGGGUGGGGGCAGUGCCAGGCCUGGCCGGGAACAGGUGGGCCCUGCCUGCAUGUCCCUCACUCCCCACCCCAUUCUUGUGUUCAGAGAACGGUGGGGGCAUCUCCCUUCCUGCCAUGUGGUGUCUCUCCUAGCACGCCCUGCCCAGGGUCCUUCAUGGAGGUUGGAGGUCUUGGGAGGAGAAUUGUAGGGACUGGGGGGCCCUGCCCUGGCUUGAGAACAGCCCUGCUGCCCAUUUGAGCCGAGAUUUUGAAGUGGAUGCCCGUCUUGCCAGAAAUGCUGUUCUCACCAGAAUGCCCUCCCCUUCCCAGCCCCUCCCCCUCACUGGACUUGGCCCUACCCAAUGCCAUGCAAAGACCCUUCCCCAGAGGCCUACCCCAUACACCUUCAGAGAGGAGAGUGUCCCCUCCACGUAGCCCUGGGCCUUCAGACCCUUCCUGCCUGUCCUUACUCCCCAGUGGGGAGGUGACUGAGGCCUCUGUAAUCAUGUUUCCCAGAGUGUGAGCUGUCCCCCUCCCCAAAAAAAGCUGACUCACUGUGAGUGACCUUGGGCAAGUUCCCAAACCUCCUUGUGCCUCAGUUUCCCCAUCUGGAAAAAAUGGGGCCACCUCUUGCCAGCAGUAGCAGGGCUGCCCACGCCCCUUCCUUCUCACACCCCCAUCCAGCCCUUGGGCGCCUCUGCCUCAGUGGGUCUGUGGGAGCCCACCUGAGCCCAGCACUUGCUCCCUCGAGCACCAAGCUCUGCCUCUCUCUCAGCCAUCCAGCCGCUGAGAGCCAGGGUAUUGUGCUGUGGGGGCAGGGGAUGCCCUCUUUUCUAUAUUUAUUUCAUUAAAAAAAAGUCUCCUAAGGGAGCAGAAGUGCAGUCCGGCCUAGGGCUCCCAGCUCCUGUGACUGUCCUCCUGUGAGAGUCUGAGGCUUGGCCAGGGCCUGUCUCAGCAGAGCCCCUGCCCAGCCCCUCCGGGUCUGCUUCCACGUAUGGUCUUUCUCCUCCUCUAAGCAAUAUCCUCCAGGUCUGCAAAGCCCUGUCAGACAGAAUGGUCCCUUCCAAGGUCAACCCCUGUGUCUGAUGAUAUUUCUGGCGAAGCAAAUGGAAGGAGGCUGGGUCUGCCCUCACUGGGUGUCACACACUGAGAGAAGUCCUAUUGUAAAGAAACAAAAUGGAAAAAGUCACAAAAAAGUUUGUAUAAAGACAUAUUUUUGUACUACAUGGGGACUCUUCCUGCAUGUCAGCAAUAAAACUUCCUGAUCUGGAGCCA